AUGGCCGCGCGCCCGGGGCCCCUGUGGCUCCUGGGCCUGGCUCUGUGCGCGCUGGGCGGCGGCCCCGGCCCGCGACCCCCGCACGGCUGUCCCCAGCGUUCCCUGGGCGCGCGCGAGCGCCGCGACAUGCAGCGCGAGAUCCUGGCGGUGCUCGGGCUGCCCGGGCGGCCCCGGCCCCGCGCGCAGCCCGCCGCCGCGCGGCUGCCCGCGUCCGCGCCUCUCUUCAUGCUGGACCUCUACCACGCCAUGGCCGGCGACGACGACGACGACGGCGGCACCCCCGAGCGGCGUCCGGGCCGCGCCGACCUGGUCAUGAGCUUCGUCAACGUGGUGGAGCGAGACCGAGGCCUGGGCCCCCAGGAACCCCACUGGAAGGAGUUCCACUUCGACCUGACCCAGAUUCCUGCUGGGGAGGCGGUCACAGCUGCUGAGUUCCGGAUUUAUAAGGUGCCCAGCACCCACCUGCUCAACACAACCCUCCAUGUCAGCGUGUUCGAGGUGGUCCAGGAGCACCUCAACAGGGAGUCUGACUUGUUCUUUUUGGAUCUUCAGACGCUCCGCGCUGGGGAUGAGGGCUGGCUGGUGCUGGACAUCACGGCAGCCAGUGACCGCUGGUUGCUGAACCGCAACAAGGACCUGGGACUCCGCCUCUGUGUGGAAGCCGAGGAUGGGCACAGCGUGGAUCCUGGCGUGGCCGGUCUGCUGGGGCAACGGGCUCCACGCUCCCGACAGCCGUUCAUGGUCACCUUCUUCAGGGCCAGCUCCAGUCCUGCCCGGGCCCCGAGGGCAGCAAGACCCCUGAAGAGGAGGCAACCCAAAAAGCCCAAUGAGCUGCCGCACCCCAACAAACUCCCAGGGAUCUUUGAUGACCGUCACGGCUCCCACGGGCGGCAGGUUUGCCGUCGGCACGAGCUGUAUGUCAGCUUCCAGGACCUCGGCUGGCUGGACUGGGUCAUCGCUCCCCAGGGCUACUCAGCCUAUUACUGUGAGGGCGAGUGCUCCUUCCCGCUGGACUCCUGUAUGAACGCCACCAACCACGCCAUCCUGCAGUCCCUGGUGCACCUGAUGAAGCCAGACACGGUCCCCAAGGCAUGCUGUGCGCCCACCAAGCUGAGUGCCACCUCCGUGCUCUACUAUGACAGCAGCAACAAUGUCAUCCUACGCAAGCACCGCAACAUGGUGGUCAAGGCCUGUGGCUGCCACUGA